UAACUACUCGUCAUCAAUCUAUCACGUCAGUGCAGUUUUAUAUCAUGCCCAGCCAGGGUGUACGAUAGCGGGGAUUCAGGGGGGGGUCGGUUCCUUGUUUAAGGAGAAAAUUGGCCCUUUUCUACCGUUUUUUGCAAGGACCCUGCUUAUAGUUCUCAUAGCAUUAGACCCCUGCGCUCAGCUUACAGUAGUAUAGAUACUGAGUAAGGAUUCACGCGACUCUAUAUUUGACUAAACAGGCAAAAUCUACCACGAUAACUCAUCUUAGCUAUUGUGAAAUGACAGGCAAUCAUUCUCGAUUUCACAUUCGUAAUAUUGCCCAUACUUUAAUGUUAUAGAAGGCUACCAAUCAAUCUUAAACUACCAUUUCCAACACUAACCCAUCAAUCUUAAACUACUUGAAGCAACCUACAAAUGCUAGAAAAAUUUUCGAGCUUUACCCUCCCUUUAACACUCUCUUUUUAAUAGCUUUCUUUUCUCUUAAAUUUAGCUAUAUUGCCAUCUAAUUUUAUGUUAGGGCUGUGGGUUUGAUAUGAAAUAUAAUAGUUUCUGCACUACCGUACUUUUAUCUUGUCAAUAUAUAUUCAAUAUUUUUGGCGAAAUAUAAAAUAAAAACAAAAAUUAAAUAACAAGCUUUCCUUGUAGUGUUCUAGCAUUUAUGCAUACAAUUACUUCAGAUCGAGACUCUCUCCGCAGUCUCCUCUCUUUGAGUGAAAAAAUGAUUUUCUUUUUGAAAACCUGUGAAUGCGAAUAACAAUUUUCUGCUUCAUGAAUAUAUGCUUUAAAAGGCUCCACAAACAUUUGUCAAAAAGAAAAUCUGAAAGUUUUGGAAAGAAAAUCUCAAUCUGGUUUUGAUUUGUUAACAAGACACUAAAUGUCAAAGUUUUUAUCUUAUGUGUAAGAAGGAAGAACCGCAGGAUAGGCUGUCCGCCGGAUUCUGUGAAUCUUGCAAGUGCUCCGAUGAAGCCCUGUAUGCCGGGGCGAAAUAUUAGUAUUCCUUAAAUUUAAUUUAUUUUGAAAAUUUUAUCUCGUCACAUUGGAUUCUCGUCAUCGUAUUGCUUUGUUUCUGAAUAUCUUUUUUAUCUUAUGCUUCAACUACCAAUUAUAGAGAACAUGCUUCAAUGUAAGGUUAUGAAUGUUUGUUAAAAUUCAACUUUUGCAGCUUUAGGAAGCUGGGUUCUGGUUUUUAAAAAGUUUCAUCUUUAAUCUGGUCAAAAAGCUCUAUAUUAAAGGACAAGUGACACGCUUUUGGCGCCAAAUUUUUUUUUCCUUUUAACUUAAAGUAAAAUGCUGUAUGAGAGUGUUGUUGAAAUAUUUUUCCUUUCUGAUUUCAUUUUCCCACUUAAAAACCCUUUUGAAAUUAUGGCGGGAAAUGGAUCACGUGACACCGUGACGUAGAUAAUUUGUGAUAAUUUCUUAUUGCUGCUACUGGUAUAGAGUGCAAUAUUAACGUUUACAACACGCUUGUAAACGAAUACAGUUGGUCUGGACCUGUUGCGUCGUGUUUAGUAAACUCUCUAUCAAUUACAGGAAAAUUCCGAGUUAUCACAAUGUGCGUCAUAGGGUCACGUGAUAAAAAGCAAAAUCGCGCCCCCUGCGCCCCUUGAUUAUAAUUUUUUGUUCUAAGCCAGGAAAAACUUACUUCUAAAAGAUGAUCUAUAAGUUAAUGAAAAGAAAAGAUAGGGUGAAAAGUGUGUCACUUGUCCUUUAAACAUUCGCUAUAGAUUAUUGUAUGAAUAAUGUAAUGAUAAUAGAAAAAAUAAUUUUUCACAUUUACAAAGGUUAGUUUUGUUCUGUAAAUUAAAUUACUAAUAUCAAAUAUAUAAAACAAAAGUUGGUAUCUCAAGAAUAAAAUUUUUAGAAUUUACAUAAAUUAAAAGCAAACAAAUUAAAGUUGAAUUCUUUACAAGAAUAAACGUUAAAAAUUUACAAGAAAAAGUUUAAAAUAGCACAAGAAUAAAAACGAUAAUUGAUACAUGGUUAAAAAUCUAGAUUUGUGUUUGUAUGUUGACUAAUGUUUUUUGGGCUCUUCGCUGAAAUUCUUGUAAUGUUCUGAAAAGUGGACAACCAAGUAUUUGAAUCAAUUCGAGAUUCUAUUCUGGAUUAUUCUUUGUCAUUUGUACUUUUAAAUAUACUAUAAUAAGUAAAAAUAAAAUAAUAUUUAUAGUAAAAAUUGUUAGUUAAUUACUCCUUUCAAAUAACGUAAGUGAUGUGAAAGAUGUUGCUAAGAAAUGAUUUCAUUUUCUCAAUUUUUAGAUUACGCUGGAAUAGUAUCUUUAUUUUGAUUUCAAUUUCUCUUCAAAUUCAAAGAAUUUUUCGUUUCCAAUCCUUUUUGCAGCUCUACACUAGACGGGAGCCCCCGAUCCAACUCGUUCAGCAUAGUUUCCCUUUCUCAACAAUCUAUGGAUACGUCCGACUGGGCACUGAAGACCAGCUAACCAGUUUCUUUUAUGUGUAUUUUUUAGGAUUUAAGCUUACAGGAAAAAGUGAAAGCGUACUAAAACGAAUAUUGACAAAUUCUAAUUAUAUCUCUUUGAUCGAGCGGGUGUAACUUCCUUGAGAAAUACUUAUCAGUGAUAUCUCUCCCUCCUUCCUUGGCCUUGUCGUGUGGAAGAUGCUUCAAUAGAAUUACACCUGCUGUUAAAUUGGUACAGGUGCAAUUAUUGUAACAGAACAUUUGGUAAUCUCAAGUUUGUAUUUUCAAGACUAUAUCUUUGGGUUUCUUACUAGGUGCUCCUUUAUGUUACCCAGUUGUUUAAUUAAUUAGGGUGUUGCCUCUGUCAUAAACCCUUUUUUUAAGAUAAAGAAUACAUUGGUCCUUUCGAAUAAAAUGCGGGCGUUAUCGGUUCCAAUUUUUACUGUAUUUUAAGAUGAAUGCAAUAUAGCCUGAAUGCAUUGUUGAUUCAUAUCCACAAUUCGUUAAAUAACAAUUUUUGUAAAAAUGAAAUUUUUUGUAAAUGAGCAAAAUCUUAUUGGUUUUUGUUUCCAACCAUUCAUAGGAUCCCUUGCUAUACUGCGUGCAGAUUUCAAGCAAGUUCGCGGAUUACACUAAACAGCUUAUCUUUAGUAACGAUCAUGCUUUUGUCAGGGAACCGUAAGCUUUGGAUGAGCUUCUUCCCUGCAGGUGUUCCCCGCCGUAAACAAUACUUUUCUUCCAUUUUCUGCCUUGAGGCUUUUCUACCUUAAUGAUUGGUUAAAAGAAGUGAAAGGACAGGCCAAGCAUUGGAUGCCUGUUUUCCAUUUUCUAAUGUUGAAGACUGGCUCUGCAUCACGAAUCUUUAAAGCAGCUGAAACAGGUUUGGCCGCUUAGAAUUCCACCUGUCUACACAGUAGCGGAAAUGCAAAAUUUAUCACGAAGAAAGAAAUUUGAGGUUAACUUGAUGGUGAUUGCUUCAUUUUUUCGCAUCAUUCUCGUUUUCAUGAUUUUUCGCAGAGUUGGAAAGCAAGUGUCUAGUUUUAUGCAAUGAAAUUCGUAAUAUUAGCCCCGUUAAAGAGCUAGGAAUUCACGUUUCAAUAAUUGCUGUUCUCAAUCAUUCAUUGCUCCAUAUAACAGAGUCCUUCUUGGUAAAGAAAGUAUAAAACUCCGCCAAGACAACAACGAAGGCUGCUGCACAUUCGCAGCUCAUAAACAGUGCAGACAGUGAAGCAAACCAAAACAGCAUCGUCGAAAAGCUGAUUUCGUUGAUGUUGGCAAGAGAGAACGAAGAACCUGAUUGAUUGAAUUAUACGUGCACGUAUCACACAGUAAUAUUAACUAGUGAAUAUGGUUCUGAAAUUUCACCUGGUGUUUUAUUUACACUUUUGUUAAGGAAGGAUGUUGCUACACAUUUGAAUAUCAUAGUUUUUUAACCAACUAUUACAUAAUUAUUGCAAUUAGUUGUUAAAGAAAGAGGUGGUUAUUUAUAAAUGAUAGAAAUGUCGAGCGAAACGUAUAGCUGCAUAAACACAGAUGUGCUAUUACGUCGAGGCAGUGACCAAGAUUCGAUGCAUGUUACAGCAUUUCUGGGUGUCUAUAUAACAUUUGGUGUCGUGUCUACUAUUCUUAAUACCUUGGUCAUUGGCACACUUUUAUUCUCUAAAGAUCUUCAUGGUACGUUUUAUAUUAUUCUCACUUCGCUAUUUGCAAGUGACCUGAUAACGGGCGUCGUUAUAUUCCCAAUGCUGGCCAUUAUUAACGCAUUAUCGACGCCUCGUAACUGUGCCCUCUUGGAUUCCUGUCAGUAUUUCGUACACACAAUAUCCUUGUCGUCGAUCUUUUCAAUGAUGGCUAUUGCUUAUGAUCGUUAUCUACGAGUGGCGAAACGGCAUACAUACAACAUUUUUAUGACAAAAACCAAAGGUUUCGCCAUCGUAAUCUCAAUAUGGGUAGCUGCGCCGUUUCUCGGGCUUAUCAGCUUGAUAGUGUCGGCAAAAAUAAUUGCUUUUACGGCCGUUUGCGUGAUAUGCCUCAUCCUGUACUUGUAUGUGAUGAUGUUAAAAAAACUACGAAGCAACGUCAACCAAGUCCCGGCAAAUGCUCCUACCAGGCCACAAGUAAAGAGCCAGGACGGUGGUGUAAGAAGAUCCUCGCGCCUCGUUUUCAUUCUUGUUCUAGUGAUGCUGAUGUUGUGGUGUCCCUAUAUUGUUUUGUCAAUGAUGAGCGGCACGGUGGCCUAUUUGAGAAAUGUUUAUGCCUUCGCGGCAAUUCAACAGUUGCCCCUACUGAGCGCGAUGAGCAGUCCGUUUUUGUAUUUUUGGACAAACAGAACAACACGACGGAGUUUUGUUGCUUUUUGCUUGAAAGUUUACUGCAGAAAAGCUGAAGCAGAUCGAAUAGUUACUGUUUGCACUUAAAGUCGGAAAGAUCUUUGAGGUGCUCCAGCUUCAAGUGCUCGAUUGAACACGUGCUACAAAUUUAGAUACUUGAACCCCCUCAACACUAUCUACAACAUUAUUUGCUUUUCAAACAGCCCAGUGUUUAUGUAUAUGUGUAUAUUAAAUAUGCAAACCAGAACAAGCCCAAGCAGAAAACAGAGAUUCGAUGGAGCUUUCCCCCUCAGGCCAAGUUUUAUAAUUAAACGAUAACAAAUUUUUUGUUGAAGAGUGCCAUUAAGAUAGUAACACCUUGAAACCGUGUAUUGUGUUACCUUUUCUUUUCACUUCCAGAAUAUCUCAUGAUUUUCUAAUUUCAGCCUUCAUUAAUUUUCAUGAAUUGUUUAUCAUGUUUUUUAUGGAUUUUAGAGUUCAAUCCUUUGCCAGAAACAGGGCCCACGCCACGAAUUUGAAAGUGGGGGGGGGGCAAGGCUAGCAAAAGUAGGGGGCAAAGCUUUUUUCCCUUUUACUGCCCCCUCACUUUUUGCGAAGCAAGUGUUUUUAAAGCUUUAAAAGCACUUGCUUUGCAAAUAGUGAGGGAGCCAUGUCCACCCCGCCCUUCCUCCCAGUUCGAACAAGUUUAGCGUUUCUUUUUAGCGCUUUUAGCGUUCGAAUACAACAAAGUUGUAAAUGUUGCCAUUAAUUUUUCCCCAUCCCAAAGUGACAUGUUCAUUACGUCAUCACAAGUUUGUAUACAUCCAAAGCGUAGCCUGGAACUCAGGCUACCAAAGCGAAGCAGAAAGUUUCAAGAUUUUUCGUACGCGUUCCAACAAUCUUGGUAAGGAUUUUAGCAGUUUGAUUAAAAUACGAUAACUUGUAAAGGUGCUCAUUAAAUUACUUGAAUUAAAAUUUUCUGAAAUUAAAUUCGAAAAGAAGUUUCAAAAAAUUUUCCGGUUCAAAUGCUUCCAUCCCAUGGUUUAACUCUUCCCUUGAUACUAGGGAAUGUAUUUUAAUCCUUUGGUAGAAUGACCAAUAAUGCCCAAAAUAUGUGCUUAUCUGAGCGAUCUUUAUAAAACACUCCCGUCAAGGGUUGCCAGAUAUGAUUUACAAAUGAAGGCGAGACGGGUAGGCAACUGACGCUAAAACGCUCAUAAAAAAGCCAAAACAAAAAACCCCAAUAAUACAUUGCACAGGCGCUGUUUAUAUUACUGCGCAUGCGUCUUUUAAAUAAUCUUUUGACUCAAAUAAGAAACUUACUUUUUCUUUAAAAAUUUACUUUGUUGAUAGAUAGAAUCUAUUUUUUGUGACCUAAAGGUGGUGAUAUUUGACAUUGGGGCGUAGCAAUCUACUAAUUACUCCAUGAAUGUAGUUAUUACGCUUUUAAUUUAGAAUUGCUACUGAAAAGGCCAAAUUUAAGUAUCAGGCCAAAAACAAAUUUUCCAGGCAAUUUAACUACAAAAAAGGACAAGAUUGGAAAAUUUGGCCUGAAAAAGGCCAAUCCGGCAACCCUGCAUCCUGUUUGACUGAGAUAUAGCCAAAUGAGUCCCUUCUCAGUAUGUCAAACUUCGCAUAUGUCGGACUAACGUUUUUGUAUGGUCUGAGAAGAUCCGAAUUACGCUAUUUCGACUAUUCUCCUGCUUAUGUGGAAUAGCUGACCUGCUCAUCCAAAAAUGGCUAAGAUGCAACCAAAUGAGUACAAGCUCCUUCUUGAUCAAUUUAUUUAAAUUUGGUGCUGGCAGUAGAUAUGAUUAAGCAAUUCUGUUCCUUCUUUAACGUUUAUUAAUGCUUAUUUUAGAUGCAUUUUCUUUAGCUUUUUUUUAUCAAGCUUUUCUUCUUCAGCGCUUUGUCUUUAAGGUUUUUUCAGCAUUUUUUGCGUUUUUUCUUUACUGCUUCUUUUUAGAGUUUCUUCUCGAUCGAUUUUUUAUCGUUUUUUCGUAAUCGUUUCCCCUUUAACCUUUGUUUUUCAGCGUUACCCUUCGUUCUUCUAUAUCUCGAACCUUUUCACUGUUUUUCACUGUUCAAACAAUUUUUUUUCUUCACUCCCUUAUCGUUCGAUGAGGAUUGGUGAUACAUCCUUAGAGGAUGCCGGUGUUCUGUGCUAGUAAAGCUAAAAGUCCCACCAAAUUCAGCCAAUGCCUCCUCACUCUCAUUUAAUUCAUUCGAAGACCGAUCUGAAUCAGUAUUACCGUACGACUCCUCGGACAACAUAUGUCUAGUUGCUCAAUUUAUGUUGACUACGGCUUGGCUUAAAGGCCCAGAGCAUGUUAAACCUAUUACGUCACUAUCUGUCGCAUCGUUCCAGCACCCGGUAUCACUUUCGGUCUCCCACUUUGAGUUUUUGGGUUUUAAUUUUGGUGCUUCGCAGCAAUUUUUCAAUGAUUUAACCAAGAUUUCUUAAUCAGCUUUCAAAUUGCGUAAAUUGGGCAAUGAAUAAUUUCGUUUCAUAUGACCUUUAAAAACUCUUAACGAACUUAUUGCUAAAAAUAGUAAAUCAUUGUUGAUAAAAUCUCGAACAUGAAAUUUCUUUUCCCAGUUAAUCAUUCAAUCAUACCAUACCGGUCAAUCUGUCACUCCAUUACAGUCUAUCAAUUAAUCAAAACCUUUUUAUUUUGUAAAGCCAUUUAGCUUACAAGUUAAUAGAGGACACAGAGAAGAAAGAAUAUGCAAACAAAAUGAAUGUAUAUAAUAUGUAAAAUUACAGUCUAAUUAUCUAUAUUAUACAGUCUAAUUAUUAAAACAUAAAAAUCCUAUGCACAACGUAAAACUUAACUACAGUCUACUGCAUAGGCGUAGGCUUGCAUUUUUUUCAGAGGGGGCUCAAAAAAUUAAUGACAAUUCCUAAUGGCAGCUGCUGAUGUCACAGCAUAAAAAGUGGAUUAGCUAAAGGCUUAAAGGUGAUUUUUCCGUGCAUUUUUCAUUAUCGAGGAAGAAGAAACACACAAUCUGACCUUAUGUUCACAAUAAUUUCAUCCUUUACUUUGCUGUAAACGAAAUUAUCUAAUGCAACAAAUCUUAUGCGUGAAACCAAUAAUAUAACAAAUUAAUCUCAAAGUUGGUAAAGCACUUCCUUAUUUUCCAGGGGGGGCUCAGCCCCCCUCGGUUUUCGUCAGGAGGGGCUGAAGCCCCAGAGCCCCCCCCCCUAAGUUUACGCCUAUGGUCUACUGUCUUUAAGGGUUUCUUUGUCCAUUAUUCUUACACUUCUUUUGAACUGGCUAUUGAAUGUUUUUCUUCGUUUACUGUACGAAAUUUCGGAAUAAUGAAGUUGCUGUUUCUUAAUUCGAAGGGAUUUCUUUCAUUGCAAAAAUUUAUUUAAUUUAGCGUGGAGCAAAACCGUUUAUAACUUUGUAAAUUAGUAUGGCAAUUUCCUGAAGUCGUCUGUUCUCUAGAGAAGUUUUCUUCCUAAAUGUAGUGUGUGUAGAAAACAGAUUGUUUUUAAUCUUAUUUACUUGUUGUUGUUUUUCAGUAGAACUAUUUUGGACUUUUGACCCUGCUAUUAUUAGAAACUUUUAGCAUUGUUUAGGCAUGUCCUCGGGGACACGUGACAUUUCUUCUCGUUAUAAGCGUGUCUUCGAGGAUUUGCAUUAUAGCCCUAUAUAAGCUUUGGGCGUGUUUUACCCAGUAAGAAGAGAGAACAACAUCGAUAUUAGUACGUGCGAGUUACCGUUGCAAGCAAUUUAGAUACCGUUUUCGGCCUAGUAUUUAGCCUGUUGCUUAGAUAAUGCUAUGCUACGAGGUCAAAUAAAUAGUAAGUUGAAAUUAAUUUGGUUAACCUGUAAUCGUUUAUGUUGCUUUUUUCUUCAAGUUGUUAUUUUCAUUUAGUUGCAUUACAUUUAGACCUCGUUAAUUAAUUAUGUAUAAUUUUAUCAACUAUUUCAUUUAGCGAACAAUUAUCAAGAUAGAAAGAACGCCAGCGUUGUUUUUGCUUAGUGGAAACUGGGUUCAUUUCUAAUUAGUUCGUGCCCUCCUCAGUAGCAGAUUUGCUUUGAAGCUACAUCAGUUCGUAUUUGACAACAAGAGAUAAUGGCGUUUUGUGGUGCUGAUAGUAUCGAUACUGAGCAUGUCCGACAUUUAAAGAAAAUGAGAGCCAAUGCAAAACGAGAGCUUACGAAAGUUCUGAAUCGUGUUGCUGAUUGCUUGACUACUGAACAAACCGUAGACGAUGUGAGAGUUGCCGAAGCCAGGCUCAACGAAACUUUCGAUCAUUUCAAAGUGGCAUGUCAAGAAUACAAAGCUGUAAUGGUUGACGAAGAUGAUAUUGAAGAAUGCCUCGCGUACACACACGAAGCUGAAAGACGAUAUUAUGAUAUCAAGGAAAGAGUAUCGUUGUUAACACAACCCCUUUCUACAUCAACAGAGAUGCUGAAGGCUGAAAUCAGUCCCGAAGACUCGGUGAGCGAAAUUAUUUCUCAUUCUUGCGUCACUUCAAUGUGUUCUAAGAACUCAAAGAAAUCGAGCAGAUCUACCCUUCAGGAUAUGAUGUUGAAGAAUGCUGUAACAAAGGCAUCCUUGCUUGCAGAGGCGUCAACAU